AUGACUCGCCCAGAUAUUACAUAUGUUGUCCAUGGUGUGAGCCACUUUGUUUCAGAUUCUCGACGACCACAUCUAUCAGCAUUUCAUCGAAUUUUAUGUUAUAUUCGAGGUACUUCCAUUCGUGGAUUAUUCUUUGACUCCACAUCUUCUUUAGAUCUCAGUGCAUAUGCUGAUGCAGAUUGGGCAGGUGAUCCAAAUACUUGUCGUUCUACUAUAGGAUAUUGUGUGUUUCUUGGGUCAUCAUUAAUAUCAUGGAAGACUAAGAAACAGGAUAUUGUUUCCAAGUCAAGCUCAAAAGAUGAGUAUCGUGCUACGUCAUCUGUUGAUAGUGAGAUUGUUUGGAUUCAUGCUCUUUUCAAUGAGUUUGGUAUCUCUAUUUCAAAUCCUACACCUUUAUAUGCAGAUAACCAGAGUGCAAUUAAGAUUGCAUGUAAUCCAAUUUUUCAUAAACGCACAAAGCAUAUUAACUUAGAUUGUCAUUAUGUUCACGAUGGCUAUCUUGAUGGUACAUUAUCUCUUCCUUAUAUUUCUUCUACUGCGUAA